AUGAAGGCCCUGAAUGAAGAUUCGGGCUCCAAGGAAUUACCAAACCAGAUUAGAAGUUGUCAAGUUGAUGAUUCAUAUUCUUCAUUGUCAUAUGAUAGUCUGACAUUUGGAUCAUCAGUGUGCAUCUUCUCUCGUGUUCUGCGCAGUGGUCAGGCGCUUAUUGUGAUACCAAAUUCGGCGAAGACAGGCAAGCCUGCUGUGGAUUUCGGCAUUCAUGGCCUCUGGCCCAACUACAACGACGUCGGCUACCCUUCCCACUGCGACAAUGGCAGCCCAUUUCUUCCUUCCGAGAUAUCGGACUUGAGGGAUGAGAUGGAGAAGCAGUGGCCUUCUCUGUCAUGCCCAAGCAGCGACGGCACCAGCUUUUGGUCCCACGAGUGGGAGAGGCACGGGGCUUGCUCUGAAUCGGUGCUGGACCAGCACCAGUACUUCCAAGCUGCGCUCAACCUCAAAACCCAACUCAACCUCCUCCACAUCCUAACCAAAGCAGGGAAGGGAUGGUUGAGCCCAUACUGCCAAAGAAGCAGAGCUGCAGCUGCCGGAUCAGACUCAAACCUAUGCAUCAGGAAACAUAAUUUUGCUGCUGGACCAAGAAAGAUCACAUCCAUGUCAUUAGGUAGCAAAAAGAUACAUGCACCUUACUGCACUCAAAUAUCUUUGCAAGAUCAUCAGCUAGAAAAGACAACUUGA